AGAACUGGAGAAUAUUGAGUAGAAACUUAGGGCCCUGCCUUAACUGUGCAGCCUUAGCUUGGGAUGGGGGUAAACCUGCACUGGUCUCUUAGUUGUGGGAGUGUGGACUUCGGUGACCAACCCUGAUAAUCAUCACAAGACUUUCCCAGAGUGGGAUGCAGUACUUGUUGAGAGGUGCUAGAUUUCUGAGAGAGCAUUUUUAUUUUCAUUAGGACUUGUAGAGAAUAGGGGAUUCUGAAAUAGGAGCUGUGAGAGGCUAGUGACUGGGUCGGCACAUGGAGAAAAGUGAGUGUCUAGAGCUACUAGGUAGGGUGAGUUUCUUGGGUAGUUAGAACAGUGGCUUUCAAAUUUUUUAGACUGACUAUGACCCUUGAUAGCAAAUAGACUUUACAUUUUAACCCAUCACAUGUGUUUGCACUUGUAUAUUUAUACGUAUUUCAGUAACAGAUGUUACAAACACAAAUUUCACAAAUGAUUCUUACCCUUACUAUGUGUGAAGCACUCUGAUAUCUUUUUUCUAUUCUAUUUCAUUCUGUUCCUCUUUAAAGAAAAUGUUGGUCCUGACUUCCUAAAUUGACUUCAUGACUCACUAAAGAGUUGUGACAUGCAAUUGAAGAAGCAUUGGUUGGAGUAUGAAUUAAUCCUUUGAAUGUUACCCUAGAAAAACAAUUUGACGUACUUUGUCAUCUGGAUGAAUGAGAAAAGCCCAUUAGAAUUGGCACGUGUUCUGAAGCAGGGGCCUGAGGCUUUUGCUUACUCUUGGUUUCCUUAGCUGUCAGUGUUUAGCUGGACAGUUUACUUGAUCACUUGGCUCUUCUCUUCAUGCCAGGCUGUUUCCAUCAGAUGGUUUCUUCCGUGUUUGGGCUUAUCUCCUUUAGAUUGAGAGCUAGCUCCUGGAGGGCAAGGCCUAUAAUAAUAGCUAACAGUUCUAUAGCACUUUCUCUGUGCUAGGCACUUCUCUGUGUCACAUAUAUUAAUCUUUACCACAAUCUAUAUACUAGGUACCUUAAUUAUUUUCAUUCUACAGGUGGGGAAACUGAAGCAUACAGAAGUUAGUUAGCUUACCCUUAGAAUUCUUCUGCAGCUUACCUCAGUAUCUUUUGUAAUAUCUGCCAUGUAUAUGAUUUCAUUAAUAGUUCCUGAAUGAAUUUAAGUAGUUUCUGGGCUUAUUUUCUUAACUUUCUCUGUGGCUUUUCCUCACUACAAGGUUAUUCAAGUGAUUAGAGAGUGGUAGAAAUUGAAUAGAAAACGGCUCAGAACUUUGUCUAAAGAAGGGAUACAGAGUUUACUUAAAUUGAUCAGAUUCAGAAUUUGAAUAAUGAUUAUGCUUUAAGCCCUAACCUUAAGGCUCUGUCAUCUUCCGCAGGCCUGGGUUUGAGAGCGAAUAAUGUUGCAGAAAUGCCACAUAUCCUUAGCUCAUUAACUUAAUGAUUUGGGAUCCAUAAUAUGCUGUCUUCCUCUCCCCUGCCUGCUGCAACAGCUGUUCUGGCCUGGCCCAUGCCUCCUGAGUUAAUAGUAUUUCUGUCACAGGGUGAGUUUUCAAGUUGGUAUGUAUAGUUUCUGCCAGCAUGUUCUCUGCUGCCAGGCCUCAGACUUGGAGGUUGCAGCUGAUUUGUGGGGGAGGGAGUUUGGUGCUUGUUACUGAGGAGGAACAGGGUGCUCUCUGGAGCUCUGAUUUGUUACAGGCUGAGUGUGAAUGAUGUCAAGCAGAUCAGAGGACGGACAGCUGAUUCAUUUGGGAUCUGGAACUCCUCACUCUCACCGCUGCUUCCUGGGCUCUUAGGUCUUUAGGGGGGAGGUCCUGAAUAUUAUGUUUUUGAAGAAAAGUGCUUUAAUUUUUCUCUUAAUUUUGAGAAGCCUUUGUAAGUUUCCUUUGGCUUAUAGACUGCAUACCCCUUGUGUGAGAGAACUUCCUGCCAAGACUCCAGUGUGAGAGGGCAAAAGCUUGAGUAGCCAGGAAAAUGAUGAAACGGAGGAGAGAGAGACUGGGAGCACCAUGCCUGCGGAUUCAAAUCUCUUCUUUUUGCCGAGGAUCAGAAGUAAACCAGCACAUGUUUUCACCCACAUCGGUUCCAGCCCUGUCCCUCAUUAAAGUUCCAUAUAGUGCUGAUUGUGCUCUGGCUGCUUCUCCUCUGGCUUUUUUCCUGAACCCACAAGCCCAUAGCAAUCCUGGCAGUCCCUGUUCCAGCCGCCCACUGCAGUGGAGUUGUCGGACAAGUAACCGCAAGAGUUUGAUUGUGACCUCUAGCACAUCACCUACACUACCACGGCCGCACUCACCACUCCAUGGACACACAGGUAACAGUCCUUUGGACAGCCCCCGGAAUUUCUCUCCAAAUGCACCUGCUCACUUUUCCUUUGUUCCUGCCCGUAGCCAUGGCCACAGAGCAGACAGGACUGAUGGACGGCGCUGGUCUUUGGCCUCUUUACCUUCUUCCGGCUAUGGAACCAACACUCCUAGCUCUACUGUCUCAUCAUCAUGCUCCUCACAGGAAAAGUUGCACCAGUUGCCCUUCCAGCCUACUGCUGAUGAGCUGCACUUUUUGACGAAGCAUUUCAGCACAGAGAGUGUACCAGACGAGGAGGGAAGGCAGUCCCCAGCCAUGCGGCCCCGUUCCCGCAGCCUCAGUCCUGGACGUUCCCCAGUUUCCUUUGACAGUGAAAUAAUAAUGAUGAAUCAUGUAUACAAAGAAAGAUUCCCCAAGGCCACUGCACAAAUGGAAGAACGCCUGGCAGAGUUCAUUUCCUCCAACACUCCGGACAGUGUGCUGCCCUUGGCAGAUGGAGCCUUGAGCUUUAUUCAUCAUCAAGUGAUCGAGAUGGCCCGAGAUUGCCUGGAUAAAUCUCGAAGUGGCCUCAUUACAUCACAGUACUUCUACGAACUUCAAGAGAAUUUAGGGAAACUUCUGCAAGAUGCUCAUGAGCGCUCAGAGAGUUCAGAAGUGGCUUUUGUGAUGCAGCUGGUGAAAAAGCUGAUGAUCGUCAUUGCCCGCCCAGCUCGCCUCCUGGAAUGCCUGGAGUUUGACCCUGAAGAGUUCUACCACCUGUUGGAAGCAGCUGAGGGCCACGCCAAAGAGGGACAAGGGAUUAAAUGUGACAUUCCCCGCUACAUCAUUAGCCAACUGGGCCUCACACGGGAUCCCCUAGAGGAAAUGGCCCAGUUGAGCAGCUAUGACAGUCCUGAUACUCCAGAGACUGAUGAUUCAGUCGAGGGCCGUGGGGCAUCUCUGACAUCUAAAAAGACACCCUGUGAAGAAGACUUUGAAACCAUUAAGCUCAUCAGCAAUGGCGCCUACGGGGCCGUGUUCCUGGUGCGGCACAAGUCUACCCGGCAGCGCUUUGCCAUGAAGAAGAUCAACAAGCAGAACCUGAUCCUGCGCAAUCAGAUCCAGCAGGCCUUCGUGGAGCGCGACAUACUGACUUUUGCUGAGAACCCCUUUGUGGUCAGCAUGUUCUGCUCCUUUGAGACCAAGCGCCACCUCUGCAUGGUGAUGGAGUAUGUUGAAGGAGGAGACUGUGCCACUCUGCUGAAGAACAUUGGGGCCCUGCCUGUGGACAUGUCGCGUCUAUACUUUGCGGAAACUGUGCUAGCCCUGGAGUACUUACACAACUAUGGCAUCGUGCACCGUGACCUCAAGCCUGACAACCUCCUGAUUACAUCCAUGGGGCACAUCAAGCUCACUGACUUUGGCCUUUCUAAAAUUGGCCUCAUGAGCCUGACGACAAACUUAUAUGAGGGCCACAUUGAAAAGGAUGCCCGGGAGUUCCUGGACAAGCAGGUAUGCGGGACUCCGGAGUACAUUGCACCCGAGGUGAUUCUGCGUCAGGGCUAUGGGAAGCCAGUGGACUGGUGGGCCAUGGGCAUAAUCCUGUAUGAGUUCCUGGUGGGUUGCGUCCCUUUCUUUGGAGACACUCCGGAGGAGCUCUUUGGGCAAGUGAUCAGUGAUGAGAUUGUGUGGCCUGAGGGGGAUGAUGCAUUGCCACCAGAUGCCCAGGACCUCACCUCUAAAUUGCUCCACCAGAACCCUCUGGAGAGACUGGGCACAGGCAGUGCCUGUGAGGUGAAGCAGCACCCAUUCUUCACCGGCCUGGACUGGACAGGACUCCUUCGCCAGAAGGCUGAAUUUAUUCCCCAGCUGGAGUCAGAGGAUGAUACCAGCUACUUUGACACCCGCUCAGAUCGAUACCAGCACGUGGACUCCGAGGAGGAGGAGGAAGUGAGUGAAGAUGGCUGCCUCGAGAUCCGCCAGUUCUCUUCCUGCUCUCCCAGAUUCAGCAAGGUGUACAGUAGCAUGGAGCGGCUGUCACUGCUUGAGGAGCGCCGGACACCACCCCCUACUAAGCGCAGCCUGAGUGAGGAGAAGGAAGACCGCUCAGAUGGCCUGGCAGGGCUCAAGGGUCGGGACCGAAGCUGGGUGAUUGGCUCCCCUGAGAUAUUGCGGAAGCGGCUGUCGGUGUCUGAGUCAUCCCACACGGAAAGUGACUCAAGCCCUCCACUAACAGUGCGACGUCACUGCUCAGGCCUCCUGGACAUGCCCCGCUUCCCUGAGGGCCCUGAGGAGGCUCCCAGCACCCCCAGGAGGCAUCAGCAGGAGGGCAUAUGGCUUCUGACACCUCUGUCUGCAGAAGGGUUGUCUGGGCCUAUCCGUGAACGGCCAGUGGAGCAGCAGCUGAAGGUGGAUGAGGAGCCUAUUGGCCAGAGCAGUGGUUCUAGUCCAGCCAUGGAGACCCGAGGCCGUGGGACCCCACAGCUGGCUGAGGGAGCCACAGCCAAGGCCAUCAGUGACCUGGCAGUGCGCAGGGCCCGCCACCGGCUGCUCUCUGGGGACUCUGUAGAAAAGCGCACUGCUCGCCCCAUCAACAAAGUGAUCAAGUCUGCCUCAGCCACAGCCCUGUCCCUCCUCAUUCCUGCAGAACACCACACCUGCUCUCCGUUGGCCAGCCCCAUGUCCCCACAUUCCCAGUCAUCUAACCCAUCAUCCAGGGACUCUUCUCCAAGCAGGGACUUCUUACCAGCCCUCAGCAACCCAAGGACCCCCAUCAUCAUUCACCGAGCUGGCAAGAAGUAUGGCUUCACCCUGCGGGCCAUCCGUGUCUACAUGGGUGACUCGGACGUCUACACUGUGCACCACAUGGUGUGGCACGUGGAGGAUGGAGGUCCAGCCAGUGAGGCGGGGCUUCGUCAGGGUGACCUCAUCACUCAUGUCAACGGGGAGCCUGUGCAUGGGCUGGUGCACACAGAGGUGGUGGAGCUAAUCCUGAAGAGUGGAAACAAGGUGUCUAUUUCAACAACUCCCCUGGAGAACACAUCCAUUAAAGUGGGGCCAGCUCGGAGGGGCAGCUACAAGGCCAAGAUGGCCCGAAGGAGCAAGCGGAGCAGGGGCAAAGAUGGGCAAGAAAGCAGAAAAAGGAGCUCCCUGUUCAGGAAGAUCACCAAGCAGGCAUCCCUGCUCCACACCAGCCGCAGCCUCUCUUCCCUUAACCGCUCCUUGUCAUCAGGGGAGAGCGGGCCAGGCUCUCCCACACACAGCCACAGCCACAGCCACAGCCUUUCCCCCCGAUCUCCCACUCAGGGCUACCGGGUGACCCCUGAUGCUGUGCAUUCAGUGGCAGGGAAUUCGUCACAGAGCAGCUCGCCCAGCUCCAGCGUGCCCAGCUCUCCAGCUGGCUCUGGGCAUACACGGCCCAGCUCCCUCCACGGUCUGGCACCCAAGCUCCAACGGCAGUACCGCUCUCCACGGCGCAAGUCAGCAGGCAGCAUCCCACUGUCACCACUGGCCCACACCCCUUCUCCACCACCAGCAGCUUCGCCCCAACGCUCCCCAUCACCCCUUUCUGGCCAUGGAAUCCAGGCCCUCCCCACCAAGCUUCACUUGUCGCCUCCCCUAGGCAGGCAACUCUCACGGCCCAAGAGUGCGGAGCCUCCCCGCUCACCACUACUUAAGAGGGUGCAGUCAGCUGAGAAACUGGCAGCUGCACUUGCCGCUUCUGAGAAGAAGCUAGCCACUUCUCGAAAGCAUAGCCUUGACCUGCCCCACCCUGAGCUAAAGAAAGAACUGCCACCCAGGGAAGUCAGUCCUCUGGAGGUAGUUGGGACCAGGAGUGUGCUGUCUGGGAAGGGAGCACUGCCAGGGAAGGGGGUGCUGCAGCCUGCUCCCUCACGAGCUCUAGGCACCCUCCGACAGGACCGGGCUGAGCGGCGAGAGUCACUGCAGAAACAGGAAGCCAUCCGUGAGGUUGACUCUUCAGAGGAUGACACUGACGAGGGGCCUGAGAACAGCCAAGGUGUGCAGGAGCCAAGCUUGGUACCUAACCCAGAAGUGGGCCAGGAUCCACCCCUCAGAGGAGCAGGAGAGGGUGAGAAAGAAGAUGCCUUCUUGCCCAGGGACCCCAGAAUGGAGGGCCCUGGUGACCCCCAGAGGAGGCUUGGGAUUCCACAAGCCUUUGAGGAGGCUGCCAGCUCCUUGUCACCAGUUCCCAGCCUGGGUAGGGCUGGACCCACAGACCCCAUGCCCCCUGAAGGCUGCUUGAAGGCCCAGCUCCUCCACACCCGGGCACUAACAGCACUUUGUCCCAGCUCUUCAGGACUUAUCCCCACCAGUUGCCCCACUGCCUCCUCCACCUCUGGAGAGCCAGGCCCAUGGUCCUGGAAGUUUCUUAUUGAGGGUCCAGAGGGGGCAUCCUCAAGCAGAAAGGCAACAAUGGAAGGUGGGUUAGUCAGCUCCCAGGAUUUGAAAGCCACAACUCCAGCCCACCCUGAGAACCUGUAUCCUAGGCAGGAGGGGAAGUCAUGGCCACCCAACGCCCCUGGGCUGGCCCACCAACCUUGUGAGCUUUCCAGCCAAAGCUGGCGAUGGGAGCCUGAGUGUGCACAAAUAGAGAAAGGGGAGCCAGCCCUGGGCAUCACCAAAGUGCCUGAUGCCUCAGGUAACAGGAGGCAGAAUGUUCCAAGCAGAAGCUGCCCCCUCACCCACGAGCCAGGGCCCAGCCUGCUCCAAAGGGGCCGAGACCCAGGAGACCGUCACAAGCAUCAGGACUUGGCAUCGGCAACUGAUGAGCUAUUAAAGCAAACAUAGCCAUUGUAUACCAUUUGUUGCACUCAGACCUGUGUAAUACAUGCUCUUGGAAACCA